AUUAUUACCAGAACAUCGAAUCUCUUGUAGAUUUCACAGUCAGUUGUAUAGAAGCACUUGAACUGUUAACAUGUUUCGAAUUAUCAAACACCGGGAAAGCUUAUCACCACGAUUUUUCUGUAGGGGUAAACACACAGGAAAGGUGAUAGCAAUCCGCCGCGAGGAUCAAUCAGUAUGGGAACGACGAGCCUCUUUCAGUCCAGCAAUAGUGAAGAAGCUCAUCAAACAGGGUGUGAAGGUGAUUGUUCAACCAUCUAACCGACGAUCCUAUCCGAUGCAGGCAUACCUCAACGCAGGUGCUACGGUCCAGGAGGACAUAAGCGAGGCGUCGGUCAUUUUUGGUGUCAAACAGGUUCCGGUUGAUGCGCUGAUUCCGCAAAAAACCUACUGUAUCUUCUCUCACACUAUCAAGGCACAGGAAACUAACAUGCCUCUCCUAGACGCCUGUUUGGAGAAAAAUAUUCGUUUAAUCGACUACGAAAAAUUGAUGGAUCGUAACGGACAACGUUUGGUUGCUUUCGGCAAAUAUGCUGGUGUCGCAGGAAUGGUCAAUAUUUUGCAUGGUCUCGGUUUGCGGCUAUUAGCAUUAGGGCAUCAUACUCCAUUUAUGCAUAUUGGUCCAGCCCACAACUAUCGCAAUUCAUCAAUGGCACGACAAGCGGUGCGAGACUGUGGUUACGAAAUCGCUCUCGGAAUGAUGCCUAAAUCCAUUGGACCGCUAACAUUCAUAUUCACGGGUUCCGGUAAUGUAUCGCAGGGUGCUCAAGAAGUUUUCCAAGAGCUUCCCAUCGAGUAUGUUCCACCGGAGGCACUGCGAAAAGUAUCCGAACAUGGUAGCCAGAACAAACUGUAUGGAUGUGAGGUGAGUCGAGCUGAUCACUUGGAGCGGAGCGAAGAUGGCGGAUUCGAUCCUGUGGAGUUCGAUCAAUACCCAGAGCGAUACAUUUCAACAUUCAAUAAAAAGAUAGCUGCAUACGCAUCGGUAAUCAUCAACGGUAUCUAUUGGGCUGUAGGUUCACCAAAAUUGAUCACUAUCCCGGAUGCUAAAAAUUUAUUACGACCUGCGAACACUCCUUGGUUACCGACCAGCUCAGGAGCUCCUGCCCUUCCACACCGAAUGUUGGCAAUUUGUGAUAUUUCAGCAGAUCCCGGUGGUUCUAUUGAGUUCAUGAAUGAGUGCACAACAAUCGAUACACCGUUUUGUUUGUAUGAUGCUGAUCGAAAUAAGGAUAUGAAGAGUUUCAAAGGGCCAGGUGUUCUUGUUUGUUCAAUAGAUAAUAUGCCAACGCAAAUUCCGAGAGAAUCAACUGAUUUCUUUGGAGAUCUUCUUUAUCCCUAUGCUUUGGAUAUUUUACAAAGUGAUGCUGCGAAACCUUUAGAGGAUCAUGAUUUCUGCCAACCUGUAGCAGGAGCGAUAAUUUGCAGUAACGGAAAGUUAACACCUUCGUAUGAGUAUAUUAACGAACUUCGUGAAUUUAACAACAGAUCGAGACAGAAGACCGAGGGUUGUGAUACUAGCAAAAAACGAGUUCUUGUUCUGGGAGCGGGUUUUGUUUCCGCUCCACUCGUCGAAUAUCUGCACCGCGAAUCCAACGUCAGUAUUAAGGUAGGAUCUCAAAUUAAAGAAGAAGCUGAUCGAUUGGCUAAUCGUUAUCAAGGAAUCGAAUCGGUUUAUAUUAACGUCGAAGAUGAAAGCGCCAAUUUGCAGCACCUUUGCGAGGAAAGUGAUAUUGUAGUGUCCCUGUUACCCUAUUCUCUCCACGGACUGAUCGCAAAGCAUUGUGUCGCUGGGAAAACUCACCUUGUUACCGCCAGUUACUUGAAUGAUGAGAUACAAAACCUGGAUGAAAGUGCUAAGGAAGCUGGAGUUACACUUAUGAAUGAGGUUGGAUUAGAUCCAGGAAUCGAUCAUCUUCUUGCAUUAGAAUGUAUACAAGAAGUCCAAGAAAAGGGUGGUUCCGUUGAAUCCUUUGUUAGUUUUUGUGGUGGACUUCCUGCACCGGAGCAUUCCGAUAACCCACUUCGGUACAAAUUCUCGUGGUCACCUCGAGGUGUUCUACUUAAUACUUUAUCGGCAGCUAAGUAUUUAAGUAAGGGUCAGGUUGUCGAAAUUUCAGGAGGAGGAGAUCUCAUGACAGCCCCACGGGAACUGGACUUUCUCCCAGGUUUUGCAUUGGAAGGUUUCCCAAAUCGUGAUUCCACAAAGUAUAAACCGUUAUACGGGCUUAAAAAUGUCCAUACGCUUUUGCGAGGCACUAUACGAUAUAAAGGCUUUUCAGAUACAAUCAAACCGAUGCAAUUGUUGGGUUUGAUUGAUCCAAACCCUCAUCCAAUGCUGCACCCCCAUGGACCAGAGAUCACCUGGAGACAGCUGAUCAUCAACCUACUUGGAUUAGUUGAUGCAGACAUUUUCUACGAAAAUCUCAAGAGCAAAUUAGCAGAGCGGGUCUAUAGUAUCGAAGGAAUCGAGGAAUUGGGUUUAUUAGAAGAUAUACCAGUUGUAAAAAUGGGAUCGCCUCUGGAUACGAUAAGCUACUAUCUAUCGAAAAAGUUGGAGUUUGGUGAUAAGGAACGAGAUUUAGUUAUACUGCGGCAUGACAUUGGUAUCCGUUGGAAUGAUGGACGACGAGAAGAACGUGGAAUUAGUUUGGUGGCCUAUGGACAACCUGCCUUCAAAGGUGGACAUUCAGCAAUGGCAGUUACCGUCGGAUUCCCAGCUGCAAUUGCGACAAAAAUGAUAUUAGAUGGCGAAAUUCAACAACGAGGCGUCGUACUACCAUUUUCACCUGAUAUUUUCCGAACUAUGCUAGCGCGAUUGGAGAAUGAGGGACUGGUGGCAACAACCACUUCCAAAUUCUUGUGAUGUAUGAGUAUAUGCCGAAGAUCGUUCAAUAUAAAAUGAAUGCUUGACACAAACGAAAUAAACUCGUUUAAUAACAGUA